AUGCCGUCGUUCCCGCCAACUCCCGCCGAGCCGCGCCGCGCGCCGGAGGCCGUCUUCCGCUCGGCGCCCAUGACCCUCGUGCAGUUCUACGUGACCCUCGAGUUGGCCCGUGACGUGGUGUUUGCGCUCGGGCGCUCGGGCCACGUGCACUUCCGCGACCUCAACGCGCUGCUCACGGCGUUCCAGCGCACGUUCGUCGCCGAGUUGCGGGGGCUCGACGCGCUCGAAACCAAGCUCGAGUUUGUGCGCGACUUGAUGGCCAAGCACGCCGCCGCGCGUGGCGGCGCCCACGCCUCCGUGGCGCCCGAGGGGCCCCUCCCGCUGGCCGCCGAGCUCCAGCUCAUCCACGACGCCACGCACACGGUGCACGCCAAGCUCCAGCACCUCGACCGCUCGCACGCGGCGCUCGAGCUCAAGCGGCUGGCGCUCGUCGAGAACCGCCACGUGCUCACGGCCGUGCAGGCGUUCCACCAGGCGGCCCUCGCGCCGGGCGUGCGCACCAGCACGGACGAGCGCCGCCGCUUCCUCGCCGCCGGCGACGACGAGGAGGCCUUGUUGGCGCUGCCUGCGGACGCGCCGGACGCGCUGGACGCCGCGCCCGGCCUCGACGACCUGGCCAUGGAGUCCAUUGCGGGCACCAUCGCGCGCGACAAGUGCCUCGUCUUGCGCAAGAUCUUGUGGCGCACGUUGCGGGGCAACCUCUACUUCAACGACUUCCCCAUCGCCGAGCCCUUGCCCGUGUCCUUGGACCGGCCGCUGGGCCGCGUGGCCAAGAACGCGUUCCUCAUCUACAUCCACGGCGACUACUUGAAGGCGCGCGUGCGCAAGAUCAUCCGCUCCUUGGACGGCCACAUCUACGACAACGCAGGCGGCAGCACGGGUGCCCGCACGCACGCGCUCGCCGAGCUCAACUUGAAGAUCAACGACUUGAACAGCGUGGUCGAGUCCACGAAGACGCACUUGGUCUCGGAGCUCGUGUCCUUCCAGGAAAAGCACCCCGAGUGGCACUACAUCGUGCGCCGCGAGCGCCACAUAUACGAGGUCCUCAACAAGUUCGACCAGGACAGCACCCGCCGCUGCCUCGUGGGCGAGGGCUGGAUCCCCACGGCGGAGUUCGAGUCCAUCCGCCGCUGCCUCAAGGCCGUGGUGAGGUCCAAGAUGUGCGUCCCACCGCAGCUGCCGUUCGAGGCCGACAACUCCAUCAGCUUGUCGUCCGACACCUUGUCGGCCCCAGCUGACGACGGGCCACCUGCAGGGCCCGAGAACCCGUUCUCCGACCGCGCCGUGUUUGCCGUGGGAUCGGACGACAUCGACAACGCAACAGACGACGACGAAGACACGGACUUCAACUUCGUUGCUGUCGUGAACGAGCUCUCUACCAACAGAGUGCCUCCUACGUACCACAAGACUAACAAAUUCACCUCCGGCUUCCAGUCCAUCGUGGACACGUACGGCAUCGCCACCUACCAGGAGGUGAACCCGGGCUUGGCCACGAUCGUCACGUUCCCUUUCUUUUUCGCAAUCAUGUUUGGUGACUUGGGGCACGGCUUCAUCGUGAUGUUGGUGGCCUUGUACUUCAUCAAGAACGAGCGCUACUACAAUGCCAUUCGGAACAAAGACGAGAUCUUGGAAAUGGCAUUCAAUGGUAGGUACAUCGUCUUGCUCAUGGGCGUGUUCUCAAUGUACACGGGACUCAUGUACAACGACAUCUUCUCAAAGUCCAUGACACUCUUCCUGUCUGGCUGGGAAUGGAACUGGCCCGAGGGCUACGACUUCAGCAAGGAAGGUGCCAUCUCGCUCACCGCCUCCAAAAUCGAGGGCAGGACGUACCCAUUCGGCAUAGAUUGGGUAUGGCAUGGAGCUGAAAACGGUCUACUCUUCACUAACUCUUACAAAAUGAAAAUGUCCAUUGUCAUGGGUUACUUUCAUAUGAAUUACUCUCUCAUGUUCAGUUUGGUAAACCAUAGGUUUUUUAGGUCGAGGGUGGACAUCAUUGGUAACUUUAUUCCUGGCUUCCUAUUCAUGCAGAGUAUCUUUGGGUACCUCGUUUUGACCAUCAUAUACAAGUGGUGCGUCGACUGGCUAGGAACCGGCAAACAGCCACCUGGGCUUCUUAACAUGUUGAUCAACAUGUUUUUGUCUCCAGGGAGCAUCGAAGACCCGUUGUAUUCCGGACAAAAGUUUGUUCAAGUCACCCUAGUCUUGAUAGCGUUGGCUUGCGUGCCGUGGCUUCUCUUAUAUAAACCCAUGGUUUUGCGCAGGGAAAAUAACAAGGCCAUGGCUUUGGGUUAUCGCGACAUUGGGUCUCAGAGAAAUCACGAUUUGCAAAUGCUCGAAGAAGAGGAGGCCCUCGAGCGGUUUGCCGAGAGAUCAACUUCCUUCGACGAUUCUGAUGAAGUCGACAUGUUGAGUGGCACAUUCACGUUCCCUAAUGACAUUGAGCCAAUGGCUCUUAGUUCGGGACAUGGCCAUGGUGAGGAGGAAUUCAAUCUCAUGGAUAUUGUGAUACACCAGGUUAUACACACCAUUGAGUUCUGCCUCAACUGCGUUUCCCAUACGGCGUCAUAUUUGAGAUUAUGGGCUUUGUCAUUGGCUCAUGCCCAGUUGUCAAGUGUCUUGUGGAAUAUGACCAUUCUGAAUGCGUUUGGGACUACAGGAACCGUGGGCAUAAUAAUGACCGUAUGCUUGUUUGCCAUGUGGUUCGUUUUGACUGUGUGUAUUUUGGUUUUGAUGGAAGGUACUUCUGCAAUGUUGCACUCUUUAAGAUUGCAUUGGGUGGAGGCGAUGUCGAAAUUCUUUGAAGGAGAAGGCUACGCCUAUGAUCCAUUUACAUUUACAGACAUUGACUUGUAA